CGCACUUCACGCCCCCUCAGCUGCCAGAACAGAGUAUCUUACCCCCCUCCUCCAAUGUAAGAUGGUGGUGGCCGUCUGGUGGUGAAGAAUCCCCCAGCACAAGAGCAGACGAGCCCCGCGGAUUUCAUAGUGUCAUAACGUGCCCCUAGUCGGAGCAGACGGGAGUCUUAUCCGCCCCCCCAACACACAGUGCCAGAGAGGAGGAGGAGCCGCCGGUCCGCCCCCUGCCGCGCGCCAUUACCAGCCCAACACUGGAGAGAGAGCAGCGCGAGGAUUGCUGCAUCCAACAGAUUUUAAUUUCACUAAGUUAUUCUCAGCCUGGAAAAUUCAAUAUUUUUUGUUUUGUAUUCUCCUCCUGCGUUUUUGGUAUCUUGUCAAGAUGUCACGCAGCCCUGACGUGAAGGAAGAUCCCGUGGAGUGCCCUCUUUGUAUGGAGCCUUUGGAGAUAGAUGACAUCAACUUUUUCCCUUGCACAUGUGGAUAUCAAAUAUGCCGCUUUUGUUGGCAUCGUAUACGCACAGACGAGAACGGGCUCUGUCCCGCAUGCAGAAAGCCAUAUCCAGAAGACCCCGCUGUCUACAAACCUCUCUCCCAAGAAGAGCUGCAGAGGAUAAAGAACGAAAAGAAGCAGAAACAGAACGAGCGCAAACAGAAAAUAUCAGAAAACCGCAAACAUUUGGCCAGUGUGCGUGUGGUUCAAAAAAAUCUAGUUUUCGUAGUGGGCCUUUCACAACGCCUCGCAGACCCAGAGGUUUUAAAACGACCAGAAUAUUUUGGCAAAUUUGGUAAAAUACACAAAGUGGUCAUCAACAACAGCACAUCCUAUGCUGGCUCACAGGGUCCAAGCGCUAGCGCAUAUGUAACGUACAUACGGUCAGAAGAUGCACUUCGAGCUAUACAGUGUGUAAACAAUGUGGUAGUAGAUGGAAGAACACUUAAGGCAUCUUUAGGUACAACAAAAUACUGCAGUUACUUCUUAAAAAAUAUGCAGUGUCCAAAGCCAGACUGUAUGUAUCUACACGAAUUGGGGGACGAGGCGGCCAGUUUCACAAAAGAAGAAAUGCAGGCGGGUAAACAUCAAGAAUAUGAGCAGAAGUUGCUUCAGGAACUCUACAAACUUAACCCCAACUUCUUACAGUUGUCUACGGGUACAGUUGACAAGAACAAAAACAAAGUGACACCCCUGCAGAGGUACGAUGUACCCAACAGUAAUAUCAAAGAUUCCUGGCCGUCAUUACAGUGCUCAAGCAGAUCAGCCAACGGUUUAACACUGGAACAUGGAAAGUCGCCUCCUUUAUUAGACAAUGGCUUAGAUACCGACCAUUUGACUCCAGACGGUCCCGACUCAGACUUUGGGCUGUUUUGGGAUACCGCUGAGCAUAAUGUUUCCAAAUUUGGCAGGGUCAUAGAGGACGACACAAGGUAUGUAGAUUUGACUUAG